UUUAUGACGUCCACUAUUACCCCCCUAAUCGAUAAGUGUUCCCCUCACUCGGGUCAGCCGUUGCGGGCACCCAGCGAAUCAGUGCUGCGACUUGUGAAGCUGAUGUUGGAACAUCGAUCAAAUCUGAAAAACGCCAGCCCUUCGACCUGACCAAUAGGCGGGCAGCCCAACAUUCUAGAUUAUUUGCUUCUGAAUGUGGAGAACGGCACUUGCCUGAUGACAGUUGUGAGUGUUUGGCCGACACCUUUUUUCUUUUUGAAGUUCUUCAGGACUUUAAGGGUUUGGGGGGUACAAAAGUUGUAGCCUUAUGAGGCAUCAAUAUAAAUUGCCUAUCGAACUUUUCCCAGGUCAAUCAGUGCUCGAUGCGCCAAAUGUGAACCCGCAACCAGCAAUCACAAAAUGCCUCCAAAGAAGAAAGCAGCCGCUACUACGGCUGCUCCUGAAGAGGAUGUAUCAAUGGCAGAUGCAUCCCCCGCUCCUGCAGAUGUACCUGAGCCCGAGUACGACAUAGAGAUUGAUGAGCAGCGCAUUCGAAUUCUUCCAGGAGCCUCUGACACUGCAGCAUCAUUUGAAUUCAAGAAGGAAGAUCAUACAUUGGGGAAUGCUUUGCGAUAUAUCAUCAUGAAGAAUCCUGACGUCGAAUUCUGUGGUUAUUCGAUCCCCCAUCCCUCUGAAGAGCUCAUGAACAUUCGAAUCCAGACAUACGAAGGGACAACUGCAGUUGAAGCAUUAGAGAAGGGCUUCAACGACCUGAUGGAUCUAUGUGACGUAGUUUCCGAAAAGUUCCAGGAAGAAAGACUCAAUUUCAUCGACCAAAUGAAAGCAUGACUGUCUAGCCAGAGACGGAUACCCGGGAAGGAAAUGAAAAGUACUGCAUUGCAUGGAGUAGAAUGGAGAACCAGGAGUCUGUUUGUGGUUUAUUGGGAUAUGUACAAAGCUAUGAAAAGACGAUGAACCUUCAGUUCCUGCCCUGGGCUUGGUGUCAGCUCAACAAUAGACAUGGGGCAACUUCAGCAAAGCUUUACCUCUAAGAACCCACUCAUGAAAUUCUGUGGACGUCUAGCAUUCGGAUCCUCUUCUGCUCGGAAGUACUUCAGGAU